GUGAUCCUGACAAUGACGACAUCAGAUGCAGAUGGGCAAUUUCAAAUCAAAACGAAUGCGGAGGCAUUUGCUACUCUUUCAGCGGAGCAGAAAUGCAUGAGAGAGAAUGUACGGUAUCAUAUUCAGCAACACAAGCUGGUUGGUACGGUGUUGCAAUACAAAUAGAAGAUUUUAUCUCUACCGGAUCUAUGGAAGCACUCAGUAGUGUGCCAUUACAAUUUUUAGUCGUGGUUUUUAGGUCAAAUACAACAUGUGCCAGUAAGCCAACUUUUGUUGAGCCAACACGUAUAGAAGGAUCUUGCAUUGGAAUACCUUUUAACACUACGUAUUUUGAACCAAUUAUUAGUAAUAGUGGUAGCCAAACUAUCAGUAUCAGAGAAAUUCAAACUGCUUCACCACAAGGAAUGGUGAAAUCUGAACUAGAUGUGUAUGCCAAUAGGGAAUGGUAUGUCAAUAUAUCAUGGACCCCAGAUACUGGACAGGCUGGACCUCACAUAUUUUGUUAUACAGCUUUAGAUAGCAACGGGGCGAACUCUGACUCGAUUUGUAUCCGACUGCUUGUUGGAGUGUCUCCACCAGAUAUAGUUGAAGUACAUCCUGUUGGUGAUUUAUUUCCAAACCAUAGCACAUGGACAAUCAAAUUUGAUAAACAGUUUGAACGACCGAACAGAACAACAUAUAUGUACUUCAAAGAAAAUGACACGGAUGCAGUAAUAUACAAAAUCGACAUUUCAACAAGCAAAGAUGCUCAUUUUCCACAAGGUGCCAUUGAAAAGACUCUUAUAGUAAAUACAAAUUUUGAGUUUACAGAAAAGAAACACUAUUACGUGAACUUAGAUCCAGGUGCCGCCCGAGGAAAGACCAACGAUUGUAAAGUUGAAUCAUCGCCAAUUCGCAACAAAACAUUUUGGGAGUUUAGAAUAAGAGAUGUAACAAAACCCGAACUAACCUUUAUAUCGAGACAGAAAGCAACGAAUGGUAAUAUUACUGUAUCAUGGACAUUUAACGAGCCUGUAACAUCAAAAUGUACCAUUGUCAAACCAGAUGCGACAAAAAAGGCGAACUGUACAGAUUACUGGUCUGGAGACAACUUGAAAGAGGGAUUUUAUACGUUAUUCAUAUUUGGGACAGACUUAGAGGGAAACCAAGCAGACGUUGGAAAAUACGAAUUCCAAAUAGAUACGACUCCACCGGAUAUUUUUAUCAACGAUAAACCACAUGACAUAAGCAAACAUCAACAGUUCACAUUCAGCUUAAGCUGCAAUGAAAACUGUAGUACCUACUGUAGUCUUUAUGAAGAAGGGAGCUUUCCAACGUAUGUCAUCUGUAAUCUAUUCAACACUAUGUUUAGUUUGAAAGAUAACACCACUUAUGUUUUUCUUGUGAAAGCUGUCGACGCUGUUGGAAAUGAAGGCAAUAGCACUCUUUACAGAUUUAAGACAGAUUUCACUCCACCUUCGAUGACUACACUCGUGAAUCAAACACUCAUGUGUGGUGCAGAUUUUAACCCAAACAUAACCGGCAUCCCGAUUGUAACAGACAAUAAUCCUAAUGGAACGAACAUUAUUUAUACAGACAGUGUAGGAGAAAACUGUGGAAUUCAAAGAGUUUGGACUGCAACUGAUGCUGCAGGGAAUGAAGCUAUACAAACACAAGUAAUCUUAUUUGAAUCUCCGACACCAAUAAGGUUAUUGUUUGCAAGAGAGGCAUUGGUUCCUUGCGGAGAUAUUGAUGAUUUUACCAAGAGCAUGCAACAAUAUAUUUCAAAAAAUGUAAAUCACCCUUGCGGAAUACCUUUCAAAAGAAUUUACUUUACAGAUUCAAACAUUCUUAACAAAUGUGGUAUCACAAUUAUACGAACAUGGCACAUUGAAGAUAGUUGUGGAAGCACAACAAAUGGCACACAGCAAAUUAAAAUUUUGCAACUGGAAGUACCAGUGACGCCUAAAAAUGGUCAAGUGAAUGUAGAAUUACAGUCCACAUUACGAUGGCCAUCCUAUCCAAAAGCUACCAGAUAUGAAAUAUAUCUGUGGCUGUAUGGACAAGAAAAACCAGAACAACCAGUUAUUACCAUACAAUCGCGUACAUAUUGGAAAACAUCAAGAUUAACAUCCAAUACAAAAUAUUCAUGGAAGGUUGAAAUUGAUAUUGGAGAGAAUGAUACUAUUCCUGGUCCAAAAUGGUCAUUUGAAACGAGAAAAAUUCCAGAUUUGACAGUAGAACGUAUCAUAGUUCCAAAGGUUGCAUUCUCAGGACAAUCAUUUGUUGUUCAAUGGUCAGUGCGUAACACUGGCACUGGAAUAACAGAGACCGCCAGUUGGAAUGACCUUGUGUUUUUUUCUUUUACCGACAGUUUCGAAGACGCAAAAAGAUUCAGAAGUCCAACUGUUGUUAUGCAAAGGAAUAUCUUGUUCCCAGAGGAUGGAUACACAUCUCAAGCAAAGGUGAAUUUGCAUGAGGGCGACAUGGGCUUAUUUUGGGUAUUUGUUGAGACCAGAUAUCAAGACUACAAUACAACAAACAAUGUACGUGACCAUCGUAUAGAUGUUAAGCUAACUCCACCGCCGGAUUUACAGAUUGAUUCAAUAAUAAUUCAAGAUGUUACCUUCUCAGGGUCUUCUUUACCUGUUAUUUACAAUGUUCGCAACCAUGGAGACGGCGCUACUACCGUUGAUUCCUGGGUAGAUGAUAUUUACUGGUCUGAUGAUGAUAAUUUAGAUUGGCAAGAUAUUCACCUAAAAAGACACUACAGAAUAGGCAAGUUAGUCCCAGAUGAAAGCUAUACAGUGCAUUUAUCAAUCCUUGUACCCAGAAAUAUAUAUGGAAAUUACACUAUUAUUGUUCACUCUGAUAGUGCCAGUGAUGUAUACGAACAUGGGAUGGAUGAAAACAACAGGAGGGUUUCAAAGAUCCUUCAGGUUACACUGACUCCUCCACCAGACCUUACAAUAAGGGAAAUAUUUACUGAAAAGACGUUCUUUGUCACAGGUGAUGCCAUGGUAAUAAAAUGGACUGUUAUCAAUGAUGGCUACAGAUCACCAUAUGCCUUUUAUUGGAUUGAUAACGUAAAAUUGAAUUUAUUGGAACAACCUGGUAGAUCCUAUAAUAUAGGUCAACAAUCAUAUAGUACAAAACUGGACCCAACAAUGUCAUACAGUCAUUCAAUCACUUAUAAUAUUCCCGCAAAUGUCCAAUCUGGCACUUACAACAUCAGUGUUAUCACAGAUUACUAUAACCAUGUUUUUGAAUUUCAAAAUGAGGACAAUAAUGGUCUAAAUAAAGAGAUUGAAAUACAAAAAUCUUUACCAGAUUUGUUCGUGAACAACAUUUCUGUUGAAGUAAAGUCAAAUGUGACAUUCAACUCAAUCAGCGUUUCGUGGACAGCUGAAAACACAGGCAAAGGAAAAACACUAAUUUCAAGGUGGAUGGAUAAACUAAUUGCUGUUGUUCACUCCAAUAAUGAAUCAGAUUACAUAUUAGGACAAUUCUACGGUGGGGAUGGCCACAUAUUAAGUCCUAAUCAGAGUUAUAUUAUACAAAAUGAAUUGGUGCUACCACCAUAUGUGUAUGGCGAUGUGUUUUUCCGUGUCCAUAUUGAUUACUUGAGUCAAACUGCUGAUAAUAAUUGGAAUAAUAAUAUGAAAAUGACACACAUUUUUAAUAUAUCUCUCAAAUCGCCUGAUUUGUACAUACACAAAUUCAAAGUUAUAUCUGAUGAAGUAUAUAGCGGUGGCCAACUUGAAUUGGAGUGUUCAGUAGGUAACCUAGGUGUUACCAUUCAAUCGAACCAAAGGUGGUACCAUAAAAUCAUUGUAUCCUCUACUAGCUCACAGUAUACAGACAUUGAUUCAGAAGAAUCAGUACAAUUUGGACCUUUACAUACAGAACAGAUCUCUCGUACAACAACUUUACUUCAAAUUCCCAAAUUACUCUAUGGUGAAGUAUACCUGCAUUGUAUUGUAGAAACAACAGAUGACAUGUUUGAAGGCCGAGAGCCUUCAAGAAUAGAAAAUAACCACAAAAUUAUUACUCUUUUUGUUAACAGACCGCCAUCGCCUGAUCUGCUAAUUGACUUUUUAAAAGUUUCGUUGAAGAAUUCGUCAUCAAGUCAAUCAUUAGUUUCCGUUACCUGGUCAGUACAUAAUAAAGGAAAUUCUAUGCCUUUCCGGUCUAAUUGGUUAGAUGCAGUUGGAAUAUCACGUCAAAACUAUGUACAAAUAUCAGAUAUAGCUAGACAUAUUGAAAUACUAUAUACUUUUGAAAUAAUGUAUGGACUUGAAUCAUCUGCAUCCUACUCGAUGUCGAAAACAGUUGUUAUUCCAAAACAAUAUGUUGGAAUAUACUACGUAUAUGUUAUCACUGACUAUGCAGAUACCAUUUUUGAAUUCAAUGAAGAGGAUAACAAUAUAGCAUUGAGCAAACCAAUCGUGAUACCUCCGAUUCCAAUGUCUCAACUUAAUGUAUCUUUUCUUUUCAAUGAAACCAUGCUAUCACCUGGAAGUAGCAUAAGUACUUCCUUUCUUACAGAAAAUACUGGAUCAGCCCGAACACGUUUGACAUCGUGGGAAGAUCUCGUUUACAUGUGUCCAAUACAGAAUGCAUCAAAACAAGUUUUACUCGAUUCAGGAUAUUUACUUUCAACAACACUGCACGUUGGAGCUUUAGACCCUGGAGAGACAUAUUUGACAAACGUCACCCUUAUUAUUCCCAAUGAUAUUAACAGUCAAAUAUUCUUUUACGUUAUAUCUUUUGAUGAUGAUGAGACAGGAUUGUCUGUAGAUUUAAGUUCUCAAGCCUCGUCCCUGUAUUUUCACAAGAUAGCAAUAUAUGUUGAACACAAUAGGCUCCCGAAUAUGAUUGUUUCUGCAAAUGAAAGUAUCGGACCCCAAAAAGGUGGUCAACCUCUUUUAAUUAGUUAUAACUUUACAAACAAUGGAGUUAUUCCUUCUUCAAGAGUAUUUUACAAUAGUUUUUAUCUUAGUGACGAUUACCUCCGAGAUGAAUUUGAUCUUAAACUGAUAACCAGCUAUUAUUCCGAAUCUAUAGAAGUGAAUGAAACAAUAAAUGAUACAGUUUCAGUAUUUCUUCCAUAUGAUUUAAAGAGCAGAAAUUAUUUCAUAAUCAUUGAAGUUGACAGUGGAAAUGCUGUAUACGAGUUUGAUGAGUUAGAUAACGAGUUUGUUAUUUCGAUGUCAAUAGAGCAAACACUGAGCACUGACGUUGCUGUAGUCGACGUUAAAACAGCUGAAAUGGUUUCAUAUGGGGAUAAUUUAGAAGUUCACUGGAAACUUCGUAAUAAUGGAACUAUAAGUGCACAGGGUUAUACAUGCGAUUCGGUUUUUCUCUCUGCAGACAGAAAAUGGGAUAUUGAAGACAAACAGAUAGGACAAACUACAUGUAGAUUUGUUACUUUACAACCCUAUGAUCAUUUAAGUUCAAUUACAGAUGUUAGUAAUUCUCUAAGUGGAAAAAUACCGGAAAUGUCCGAAGCUUCAUAUGUGGCAAUGGUAAAAUCUAGAUCCAAUAUACUAGACAAAUAUUUGGAGAAUAAUGUCGGGUUCAGCUAUAAUGGAACAAAUAUCAAAGUAACGCAUUUAUAUCUCAACACUGUACAUGACAUAAGAAUUGGUACAGAUAAUGCGAAAUUGUUCCUUUUACCAAAUAUUUCAUCAGAGGAAACAAUAGUUAUAAGGUCUGAAUGUAAAAGCAUCGACACAUUUUAUGAGAUAAAAGUUAAAUAUGGAAAAGCGGCCACAGAUGUUGAUUUUGAUUAUAUUUCUGAUGACCCUUUUAAAUCCAACCAAACAAUUAUUAUACCUAUGACAAAAUUUGGUAACUAUUAUAUACUAGUAACUACUACAAACUCAGGUGAUCAUGUUUCGUCAGUAGAUGUUAAUCUAUUUGUGAAACUUGCUAGAUUUGAGAUACUAAGUGUAUUUCCGACUCGAGCAAUUCCGCUUGGUAAUGCAACAUUAAAAAUUGAAGGAACACUGUUCCCAGAGGAGUUAGAUAUGACGCUCUUUGGUACAACGUUAGGAGAAUUGAAACCGCUCAAGAUAUUUCGAUUUUCAUCGACACUUUUGUAUGCUACAUUUGAUUUCCGUUUAACGAUUCAAGGUCAGAGGUUUUCGUUAAAUCUCACCAACUCAUUGACUGGAAACACAACCGUAUUAGAAGAUGCAUUAGAAAUUAGCACUGGAGAAGUUGGUAAAGUAUCUACUCAAAUAGACAUGCCAAAUGCACUACUUCCAGGUCAACGUGGUGUAAUGUAUCUUUAUAUCAAAAACAUUGGAGAUACGGAUAUCGUUUCACCUCUCAUAUUUAUCCAAACAAAUGGAAUUGCUCAUUUGAAUUUCGAAAGUGACUCUGAGGAAGUGCAGUUCUGGGAGCAAAAUAUCAUAAUUGCUAGUUCUGAAAAUACACCAGGAGGUGUUUUACCUCCAGGCGCUUCAUAUAGAUUCGUGUUCAAUGUCAAACAAAUAGAAAAUUCGAAAAUUGGGAGAAGUAAGAUAAGUGUAAGCUUAAUUAAACCAUUGAAAGAGACGAAUCAUGUAUAUUUUUCUACCAAAGAUCACCUGCGAACUAGCGAUAUAAACGACGAGGCAUGGGAUCGAAUAUGGGACAAUUUUAUUCAGUUGAUAGGUACAAGCUGGUAUUCCCUUAACUGGAAGGUAUCUGAAAUAAUGAAUCAGUUAAGUCUCGCUGGACGUAAUGUUAUUCAGCUGUCAGAUAUAGUUGCAAUGUUACUAGACAUGGCUGGUGGACAUAAUGAGGACACAAUACUGACUCAAGAAAACGACAUUAUAGUAAGAAGAAAGUCAAGAAAUCUGGGUUUAGAUUUCAGGAGGUUCUUUUCAUCAAAAGUAUUUUCUAGAUAUCAUAAAAGCGUGAUGGGAAAGGGAUGGAUGCUUCCUUAUUGGAGUACACAUCUCAAUGCAGUGCAUUAUGACGAAGCUAAUGUAACAUUCAAUGGGAAGAGUUAUAUUUUUGAGAGGCAAGUUGAUGGCAUAUACCAAAACAAAUAUCUUGGCGAAUUGCGUUUUUCAAGUAAUGGCACCAACAAUCUUACAUAUAUUUAUAUCGACAAAAUUGAAGGCAGAGAGUAUUUAUAUUCAAAUGAAACAGGAUUACUGAUUGCUAUAAAGUCCAUAAACGACAAUAGUUUUGUCAAAUUGCAUUAUAAAGAUAACCAGUUACAGCAAAUAGAACAUUCUGAUGGCCCUUUCUUAGUCAUGACCUACAACGAAAGAGGUUUUAUUAACUGGGUUGAAUUAAGAAAUGAUUCAGAUAAUGAACAGGAGAGUAUAUAUGACUAUGAUAUGGACAACGACUGGUUGAUAUCGUCGGAUGUAAAUGGAAAGAUUACACGCUAUGAAUACAAUAGUGACAACUCUAUAAAGCGGAUAAAAUAUUCAUCUGGAUCUAUAGAAGAAUUUGAAUAUUACCCUCAAGGAUGGUUGAAAAGUAUUGAACUGAUUACGAAUGGCACACAAAUGGCUAACAAAGUGUAUACCUUUAUCGGUGAAGCAAUAAUUACUACCUUAACUCAACCGGACAAUGUGACACAGACAUUAACUUACGAUGAAAAUGGAGAAAUUGCUUUACGUAAACGAUUUGGAUUCUCAACUGAAAAAAUUCAGAAUACAGAGCAUGAUAAAAUAGUAUCCCAAGGCGAUUUCAUAGUUUCCAAAAACAUAUAUGAUGAACUGACGAAUUCAGUAUUAUGCGAAGAUGCUAACGGGGACUUUGUGACUGUAUCGUACAAUGAUCAUGGACGUGUUACAGUUUUGAAGGAUAGCGACAAUAAUGCGUAUUCAGUGACAUACAAUCCUGACGGCAAUAUAAGGGCUGUCCUGUACCCAGAUAAUACUACAGAAGAAUAUGAUUAUGAAAAAAAUGAACGAAAUUUUAAAAGUAGGUCUGGGGAAAACAUUAGAUCUGAAAUAGAUGAUAAUGGAAAUGUUCUUGUAAAAGACUUUGGAAACGAUCGCGUUUAUUCAUUUUCUUACGAUAAACAGCAUAGGUUGAAAGAGGCAAGAAUGGAAAUGGGAACAACUUCCAUUGGCUACACUUAUAAUGGUUUACCAGAGUAUGUCAAGUUUCAAUACUUUGAAAAAGAUAUAUAUGUAAACUAUAGUCUAAACGAAAAUUUUCAGAAAUCCAGUAUGAAAUUGUCUUUAGAGGGGUAUGAUGUAAAUUAUGAAUACAAUUCAAGAAAUUUGCUUACACGGGUAAUCAAUUCUUACGACAAUACAAGUUUGUUGAAGGUAGAAUAUAACGAAAAGAUGCAAUUGAAGAAAAAGAUAUUAGGUAACGGUGCAGAAACUGUGUACUCCUACUUUGUGGGUACGGACCUGCUGAAAGGUGUAUAUAACUACUUACCAAAUGGAAAUCUAAGCUCAAAAUUUGAAUAUCUAUAUGACCUACGACAGAGAAGAAUAUCACUGAAAACAAUGGAUGGCAACUGGAAAUUUCGAUAUGAUCCAUCUGGACAAUUAACGUACGUCAAACAUCCAGAUGGCACCGUGAAAACUUUACAGUAUGAUAAGCAUAAAAAUCGCAAAGCUGUAGCUAUAAAUGAUAUUCGUAAAGAAUAUACUGCAAAUUCAUUAAACCAAUAUACAAAAUAUGGGAACGAUCAGACGUUCAAACACGAUAAAAAUGGUAAUUUGAUCUCAAAAGAUGGACCAACGAAAGAAGAUUUUAUAUUUAAUGCUGAAAAUCAAUUAGUCCAAUUCAGAACAUCAGAUAACGAAUGCACGUUGGAGUAUGAUGGUCUCAAAAAUCUUGUACGAAAAAGUUGUGAAAAUGAACGUACAGAAUAUGUUGUUGAUGCAUUUGGGCGAUUUGGACAAGAUAUUUUAGCAGAGAUAACGUACAAAGGCGAAUCUACAGAUACCCAACUAUAUUUCCAUGGCGGUGAUCAAUUAGGAUUAAUAGCUAUGAAGAAUAAGAAUGGAUAUUACUAUUACCAAUUUGAUCCAAUGGGAUCAGUUGUAAGCAUGUUAGAUAAAAACGGCGACAUUUUGAAUUCCUACAGAUAUGAUCCUUUUGGAAAUAUUACGUCAAGUAUUGAAGAGCUACAAAAUCCAUUUACAUUUAUUGGGCAGUGGGGAGCUAUAAACAUGAAGCAAAUCAAAGAACUGUAUCUUAUGAGGACACGAUGUUAUGAUUCUGAACAUGGACGAUUUUUAAGCAUGGAUCAAUUUGCCCUAGACGGAAAACUGAAAAAUUUCUAUGCUUAUGCUUACAAUAAUCCUGUUCAUUUUCUAGAUCCGAAAGGAAACUAUGCUUUCCUAGUCACCGGAGCAGUAAAUUUGGCCUUUUAUCUUGGAUAUAACUAUCUGACUAAUCAAGAGAGCACACUAGGAGGCGCUGCAUUUGCCUUAAUGGAAGGGAUGAUAGGUGGUCCAAUUGCUGGUAAAAUUGGGGGCAAAAUAGCUGGCUAUAUUGGUAAAAAGUGUGGCAAAGUAGUUGCAGAUUUUACGAAAAGAGUUAUAGAAACCGUUGCUGCGGAGGUAGAAAAAGUUAUAAAAGAGAGCGUUUUUGGAGAUAAACCGUUCAGCUGGAAAGGCUUUGGAAAAGAUCUUGCUACAGGACUGAUAUCUAGUUUUUAUCCUAGCAAGAAAGAUGCCGGAAAAUUAAGAAAAGCGGCAGAUGUUUUGUUAUCCAAUAUACUUGGGGAAAUAAUUGAUCCAAAUAAAUCAUGGAAUGACAAGCUUCAGGACGCGAAGAAUAUUGCAUCGAACUUAUGGCCAGAUGCAUUGAAUAAAUUAAUAGAUAAAAUAAUAGAAUGGAUUAGAUCACAUGAUCCGAAUGAUAUCAUUGGACCUUUAGGAUAUGGUGCUGCUCGUUUCAUUCAGAAGGAUACUACAAUGAGUAUAAAAAUUCGAUUUGAAAAUGUCGCUAACGCAACAGCUCCAGCACAGAAAGUUUUCAUAGUUUAUGAGUUAGAUAAAUCCAUAGAUAUGAGGACGUUCAAAUUGGGAAAAUUUGGUUUCGGAAAUUUCAAUCAUGAAUUGAAGGAACGAACACAUUUUCAGGUAUCUGUAAAUUUGACUGAAAUAUAUGAAGGUUUGUUUGUUCGCGUUCGAGGUGGAUUGGACAUAUUGAAAAAAAGAGUUACUUGGGAGUUUCAAACAGUUGAGGCCAGUACAGGUCUUUCUCCGAGCGAUCCACGUAAAGGAUUUCUCCCACCAAACAAUGGGACCGAUGGGCAAGGAUAUGUUACGUUUUCUGUCAAACCAAAGACAGAUGUUAAAACCAUGACAAGAAUUGAUUUAAAAGCAUCUAUUUAUUUCGACCAGAACGAACCGGUUGAUACACCACUGAUUUUCAACACGAUAGAUGACUCUCCUCCUGACAUUAAUGGCUCUGUUGUCCAGGAAAUGCUGAAUUCGGAAAUUUUGGCAGUAGCAAUUUCCUAUCAUGAUAUAGGAUCUGGAUUUCAAUAUACAGACGUUCUACUGAAAUCUGAAUAUGGCUAUGAGACAUUACUUACUGGAAUAACCAAAAAUGUUAUACAAAUACCAUUACCUCCCGGUGAGGAGUAUCAACUUUUAUUUAGUCCUGUGGAUUUUACUGACAACCGACCUGGUCUCGAAAGUAUCAAAGAAAAGAAUUCUAUUCAUGUACACUUUCCAAGAGUACCAGGCAUUUGUAAUGACAAGAACAAUUGUUCUGGAAAUGGAAAUUGUACAAACAACAAUAAUUGUGUCUGUGACUUUGGAUUCUAUGGUUCCGAUUGCAGCGGAGAUACACCACCAGUUGAACCACCAAUAGUAGAUGCUCGAGAUGCCGAGGGGUUUGAAGAUUCAGAAAUUGCAAUAUAUAUGUCGGCAAAAGCUACAAAUGGAACACCAUACGACAGUUUCAAGAUAUACAUUAUAAAUUUUCCUGAAAAUUCUACAUUUUCAUUUGGACAUUUGGUUGAUUAUCGUUGGGAAUUGAAUUUUAGUGAUUUCGGAAAUAUUAGUUUUAUGCCACCAAGGGAUUUAUCUGGAAAUUUUACAUUUCAUGUUCUUGCUGAGUUGGUACAAGGUUCACGAAACUCAACGAGAAAUAGUUUCAUUUCUGUUCUUAUCAAACCUAUUGUUGAUGGUGUUGACAUGCGAGUUAGAGUCGAUUGCUUUAGCAUGAAGAAACAUUAUGCCAAUUUACAAAUAAAUGCACCUUUGAAAGACAUAGAUAGUUCAGAGACGCUUGAAAUAAGCGUAACGGUUCCAGAAAACUUUAAUUUGAGUUUAGGGCAAGAAAUUAUUACGGGAACAUUUGUACUGUCGUCUAUGGAUGUAUUAAAUACAAUUGAAGUAUUUGGGACAAAUAUGUCGGAGGUUGAUCACUUCAAUAUUACAAUAGUUGCAAAAGUUGUGGAGAAUGGAACAUCGCUGCAAGAGUCUUACAGUGAUACUGUUAUUGUCGAGAAAUGUACAGAUUUAAUGACAUCAACUAUGAGUGUCAGCCCCGGACAAAGUAUUGUUUCAUCAACAACUAACAGUGCAGCUUUCUUUACGACACAAAAAGCUACAAGUGUUGCUUCUACAGAAGGAGUGGAAAAGACGUAUAUAGAGAGAAUAGAUUUGCGCCUUGAUUUCGAAGUCACAGUGGAUUUGACAGAUACAACAACUGCAACAUACAAAAAACUGUUCCAAGAUACCUUCACAGGGUUGUUUGAGUAUUAUUCUCACUCAUCUAUCAAGGACGCUUUUAUAAAUAUCACGUUGUUCUCAAUUGCGAAAGGCAGUCUUAUUGCUAAUCAUGACGUUAUUACUAGCACAGAAUCGAAAGAAGACAUCACGAUGAUAUUGGAUGCGAUGAAACAGAAGCAUCUUUUAAAGAUCGGAAAUCAAACUGUUAAAGCUUUGUCUUUCAAUGUGAUUGACGAUUCAACAGAAAGCGGUACAUCAAAAUUGUCAAAACUUUGGAUAGCUGUUAUAAGUGCAUGUUCAGCGGUGUUUGGAUUUAUAGUUAUAGUAACCACUGUACACCUAAUACGGAAACAAAUGAUCAAACAUAAACCUGAGCAAAACCUUGGUAAGUGUAAAACAAAUGUUUGCUAUGAAGUUCAAGAGGAUUCACAAAGGCUGAUGGACAUGACGACUAUCCGAAUGUAUAGGCCAAAGCUGCUUACCGAAUUGAGCCACUAUGAAAAUCCAGCAUUUGUACCUACAAAGUGUUGAAAUGUGUACAUGGACAUAUAUUAUUUUAAUAUGAACACUGUAUUUAAGCUCGUAUUGCAUUUAACAUGUAGCUUUAGCUCACCUGGCACAAAGUACCAGUGUGUGCUUUCCAAUCACUUUGUGUUCGUCGUCUGUUAAUUUUUACAAAAAAAUUCUUCUCUAAAACUGCUAUUUUAGCCUACCUUAACCACUAUCAUCAUUGGGGAAUUUUGUUUAAAAAAUAUGUCCGGUGAUCCCGUUUCCCUCUAACAUGGCCGACAUGGCUAAAACUUUAAAGUGAAAACUCGCGAAUUUUGACUAACCAUUUAAAUAUUUCCAUUCAAUAGUUAAAAAUUCAUAUGGUAAAGCAGAAACAUAUAUAUGUCUCUAGGUAAAGGCAGUUUUUUUUGUUGUUUUUUUUUCGAGUUUUGAUAUCAAUUGAUAGUUUUUGAGAAGAAAUUCAUUUUAUUUUGUAGAAAAAAUAUCCGACGGCUAUUUUAAACAAAGAUACAUAACACUGAUAUUGUUUUGACAACAAAUCUUCGAUUUCUGACCUUUUAAUUCUAGGUAAUAUUUCCCCGUUUUGGCUGUAAAUCUGUAACAUAAAAUAUUGUCUCCCAUGAAAUAUUGUCCGUCGGACAAAAUUUCAUAUAAAUUAUUGUCUGCGGACACUAUUUCAUAAUGAAAUACUGUCCAAGACAAUAUUUUACUAUGAAAUAGUGUCCUUGUCCAUGAAAUUUUGUCACCUCCUUCUGGACAAUAUUUCACUAUGAAAUUCUGUCCAUGACUAUGGAAAGCCUCAGCUGUCAUAUAUUAGAUAUUUACAAAACGUUAUGCUGAAGCUUAAAAUGUAAAGUUAAGACAGCGUGAUGUUGAAUUGAGUCAUCAAAAUGCUAAAUCUAAAUUACAAUAUGCUAAGUUGAAUUUGCACAAUGUUGACUUGCAAUGACAAGUGCUUUAGUCGUGAUAGUAUAAUGAUAAGUCACGAUGUUGUGAUGAUAUGCCAAACACACGUAACGUUGGGUUUAAAGUACAUGAUGUGAAGUUGACGUUGCAUGAUGUUAGCUUGCAGAUGGAUACUGCUCAGUCAUACAAUUCGAUAGCUAUGAUAACAAAUAAAAUGAAUAGCUAAAAUGUAUGGUGCUGACAUGUUAUUAAUAAAUGUUGAGCUGAGAAUGUACGAUGUUAUAUCAUUGUGAUAUUACGAUAGGUCUAUCAUGCAAUCUGUUGAUUCAAAACACCAUGAUGCACAGUUGAAAGUACAUGAUGUUAAGUUAAGAUAACACGAUGCUACACUACUAUAUUGAAACGAAAGGCUUACCAUACAAUUUGUUGACUUAAAACAACACGAUGCAACGUGUUAAGCUAAGAUGCUCACUUGAAACUACACGACGUACAGUUGAAAUUUUGUAAUGUUGAGUUACGAUAGUACGAUUUUAUAUCAUUAUAAUGUCACAAUAGGCUUAUUAUACAAUUUGCUCAUUUAAAACUACACAACGUACAGUUGAAAGUACGUGAUGUUAAGUUAAGAUGGCACGUUGUUAUAUCAUUAGAAUGUCACGAUAGGCUUACCACACGAUAUGCUCGUUUAAAACUACACGACGUACAGUUGAAAGUACGUGAUGUUGAGCUAUGAUAGCAAUAUCUUAUGUCAUAAUAAUAUCACGGUAGGCUUGCCAUACAAUAUGCUUAUUUAAAACUACACGACGUACAGUUGAAAGUACGUGUUGUUCAGCUAAGACAGCACGAUGUUAUAUCAUUAUAAUGUCACGAUAGGCUUAUUAUAUAAUUUGCUCAUUUUAAAUUACACCACGUACAGCUGAAAGUGCGUGAUGUUAAGCUAAGGUAGCACGUUUUCAUAUCAUUAGAAUGUCACGAUAGGCUUACCACGCGAUAUGCUCAUUUAAAACUACAUGAUUUUCAGUUGAAACUAGAUGAUGUUAAGCUAAGAUAGCAUGUUGUUAUAUCAUUUGAAUGUCACGAUAGGCUUACCAUACAAUAAGCUCAUUUAAAUCUACACAACGUACAGUUGAAAGUAUGUGAUGUUGAGCUAUGAUAGCACGAUGUUAUAUCAUAAUAAUAUCCCGAUAGGCUUGCCAUACACUAUACUCAUUCAAAACUACACGACGUACAGUUGAAAGUACGUGUUGUUGAGCUAAGAUAGCACGAUGUUAUAUCAUUAUGACGUCACGAGAGGCUUAUCAUACAAUGUGUUGACUUGAAACUACACGAUGUAAAUUUGAAGUAGUUUGGUCUUGACUUGAAACAGUAAAAUGUUAAGUUAUAAAAACAGAAGGUAAAGUCAAAAUAAAACAAUGAUAGGAUGACAUAUACUUGUGCAGAGUUGAAGAUUUUUGGUGUUGACUUCGAAUAUAGUACAAAUAUUAGCUCGGUUUAUGUUAAAUUGAAAGACAAUAAUGAUGCGUAAAACAUUACAGAAUUAUGUGAAUUGAAACUGCAAUUCUAUGGAAAAGAAUAAGGGACAAAUCCCCAGGCAAAAUGAUAUACAAAGAACGUUUUCCAUAAAUUCAUAAAACAAAUGAAUUAUCCAUCGCUAUGUAUUACACUUGAAUACAGUUUUGCCGUAUAUUUUACAUGUUUUGUUUAGAUUUUUUUUUUAUGAUUAAAAACCAGACUUUUUUUAUGAACAAUAUUUAAGAAAAUAUUUAUCUAUGUUGUGUGUUAAUAUAUACAACAUUAUAUUGUGCUUAUAAGACUUAUGAUUGUGAGGGUCAAAUUUUACUCAUAUAAAAUCACAUCUAUGAAAGAGUUAUCGGAGAACUUGUAUUUACCACUCCCGUAUUCCCCCGAAAUAAAACAUAAAAAUCUGGAGUCUUAAUCUUAAAAAACAAAGAUCAACUAAUAUGACAAAUAAUAAGGACUGAGAGGGUCAGAGGUAUAUGAGAAUGUGACUCCCCCCCCCCCCCCCCCCCCCCCCCCCCCCCCCCCGGCCUUGUUAGAGGUAUCUGAAAAUUUGAAUUUUCUUUUCCACGAAAUCAAACAAAAAGAAUUGAUAGGUGGAAGAAUCCUACUGCAUGGGGCCAACCCAAAUAUAAAGUAUGGUAGAUUCUGUUGUAUACUUUCCGCUUAUACAUGAAGUCUAUAUGAAACCUAAUGAAAUUU